AUAAAGCAGAUGAUGAAGAUGAUGAGGAUUUAACAGUGAACAAAACUUGGGUCUUGGCACCAAAAAUUCAUGAAGGAGAUAUCACACAAAUUCUCAACUCAUUGCUUCAAGGUUAUGACAAUAAACUUCGUCCAGAUAUUGGAGUGAGGCCUACGGUAAUUGAAACUGAUGUUUAUGUAAAUAGCAUUGGACCAGUUGAUCCCAUAAAUAUGGAAUAUACAGUAGAUAUAAUUUUUGCCCAAACCUGGUUUGACAGUCGUUUAAAAUUUAACAGUACCAUGAAAGUGCUUAUGCUUAACAGUAAUAUGGUUGGAAAAAUUUGGAUUCCUGACACUUUCUUCAGAAAUUCAAGAAAAUCUGAUGCUCACUGGAUAACAACUCCUAAUCGUCUACUUCGAAUUUGGAAUGAUGGACGAGUUCUAUAUACUCUAAGAUUGACAAUUAAUGCAGAAUGUUACCUUCAACUUCAUAACUUUCCUAUGGAUGAACAUUCCUGUCCACUGGAAUUUUCAAGCUAUGGAUACCCGAAAAAUGAAAUUGAAUAUAAGUGGAAAAAGCCCUCUGUAGAAGUGGCUGAUCCUAAAUACUGGAGAUUAUAUCAGUUUGCAUUUGUAGGGUUAAGGAACUCAACUGAAAUCUCUCACACAAUCUCUGGGGAUUAUAUUAUCAUGACAAUUUUUUUUGACCUGAGCAGACGAAUGGGAUAUUUCACUAUUCAGACCUACAUCCCAUGCAUUCUGACAGUUGUUCUUUCUUGGGUGUCUUUUUGGAUCAAUAAAGAUGCAGUCCCUGCAAGAACAUCACUGGGUAUCACUACAGUUCUGACUAUGACAACUCUGAGUACAAUUGCCAGAAAGUCUUUACCUAAGGUGUCUUAUGUGACUGCAAUGGAUCUCUUUGUUUCUGUUUGUUUCAUUUUCGUUUUUGCAGCCUUGAUGGAAUAUGGAACCUUGCAUUAUUUUACCAGCAACAAAAAAGGAAAACCUACUAAGGAAAGAAAGCUAAAAAACAAAUCCUCGAUGUCCUCUGGUCUUCAUCCUGGAUCUACUCUGAUUCCAAUGAAUAGCAUUUCUGUGCUGCAAGGAGAAGAUGAUUAUGGGUAUCAGUGUUUGGAGGGCAAGGAUUGUGCCAGCUUCUUCUGUUGCUUUGAAGACUGCAGAACAGGAUCUUGGAGGGAAGGAAGGAUACACAUACGCAUUGCCAAAAUUGACUCCUAUUCACGAAUAUUUUUCCCAACAGCUUUUGCCCUGUUCAAUCUGGUUUAUUGGGUUGGCUAUCUUUACUUAUAAAUGCUACUCAGUAGGCAAAAAUCAUAAGAAGUCUGACUACAUCCAAUAUAAUCUUUUGUACUUCAGUAACAUGAAGUUUAUAUUUAAAAUGCAGAGAAACGAAUGGUGAAAAUGUGAAUAGUAUUGUAACUAUUUUAAGGCCUUCAUAGGUAAGUAAAGUAGCAGCUUUUAGAUUCAUUUACUUAAAUUUAUAUGAAAAUGAUUAGUGGCAAAAUCCAGUACGUUAGAAUACUAUUAUAUAAUUUUACUUUAAUUUUUAAAAAUUUACUUAUAUUCUAUCAAGAUUUUGAAUUUAUUAUGAGUUCUAUGAUUCAUAUAUUAAACAUGGAAUAAUUCUAAUACAUAUUUUGUUUAAAUAUAAUCGAUCAUUGUUUGUAAUGGGAGACUACUACCUAAUAUUUAUGUAACAAUUUUUUGCCUAGAACAGAUUGUUAAUUUGUUUUUUCUUCUUGCUUUUUAUUUGUAUGCCCUGUUUGGAAUGCAGUUAGUUAAAAACAUAAAACCAUGAAUUCCUUGGAUUUAUUUCCAAGAAGUUUUACUCCCAACAAGAGAUUAACUUAUUUUUAAAUUAUUUAUCAAUUACAGAAGACUUAUGAAAAGGCCAAAUUUUACCUGUAUUUUAAUCCAAUACAUUUUCUGACACAAUAUUAAAUAGAACUCCAAUUAAAUUUAGAAACUAUGUGGGUGAUUUGCAAACUUGGAUGGAAACCACCAAAGUCAUUUAUUUUAAAUCAAGAAAAAUGUUACAUUUAACCAUUUUAUUCUCUGCCUCAUAGCACUUAUGAAGUAUAAAGAGGUUAAAAUUGAAAUGGUAAAAUCUAUCAACAAUGAAUUUAAAUGCAGAAAGAAAUAAUCUUUUUUUUUUUUUUUAGUGUUCUGUGAGAGUGUUGUAGUUCUUAAAUUAACAAAAGUAUUGAGGAACAGUAUUUGUAUUUACUCAUUAUGGUUAAAGAAUUAUCUGACAAAUUAAUUGCAGGUGAAAUUGAGGAUAUGGUCUUAAAUAUGUGCUAUUUUUUUUUCUCUUUAAUCUAAAUAUUUUUCAUUUUGUGUAUCUCAGCUAAAUCUGAAUUUUUUCACUUUGCCUACAACCUCUGAAAAAUAAGCAUGAAUUGAACAAUUAUGCCCAAUAUUCACCUAUGCUGCUUUUUUUUUUUUUUUUUUGGAUGGAGAGUCAAAUUAAACUUUGGCCAUUUAUAUAUUCAUUUACAGAUGAUUCUUGUAUUCAUCUCUAUAACACUGAGUAUUGAUGGAUAUUGUUAAGGUGAACAUUCAUUUAGGGAUAAAUAAAAAAUGAAGUACUCAUGAAGAAUAAAAUACUUCACUAAAAUGUAUUAAGGCUAUUUCCAUGUUUUCAGCUAUAGCCUUCCCAUAAUCAUAGGGCGGUUUUGAUUUUGAGACUCUUUCAAGUGCAUCUGAGCAUGACUAUAUUUUAAAAUACUUAAAAAUGUUUGACAUAAAUAUCCUUGAUUUUCUCAUUGGUGUUUCAUUCAUUUGGCAUUAAAUGUUGGCAAUAUUUACAGGUGGAAAUAAAAUUGAUAAAAACAUGAAA